AUUCUCUCUUGAGAAGAAAAGAUUUCUUAAUCUCUCUCCUUACCUAGAGCCUUUAUUCUCUCUUUUCCUGCAAAUAGUUAUUAGGGUUGUCCUCUCUCUCUUUGCCCUGGGAAUUGUGGACUUGUUCAAGAGUUAAAUUCCUUAGGUGGAUUUGUACUUGUCGAUUAUCAGUGAAGUUAAAAGUGUUUUGAAGAUGAGGAGGACCAGCCACUCUCCCUUGCUAAUCUCUAUGAUGGUUCUUUGUGCCUCUGGAUUUUUUCAAGCUGAAUCAGAUGGUCUAAAGAUGAACUUCUAUGAAACUAGUUGCCCUCGCGCCGAGGACAUUGUUAAGGAAAUCACAGCGAAAAAUGUCAAGGAGGAUCCUGGUGUUCCAGCUGAUCUUUUGAGGCUGCACUACCAUGACUGCUUUGUUAGGGGUUGUGAUGGCUCAGUGUUAUUGGAUUCCACUCCAAAUAAUGUAGCUGAGAAGGAUGCAUCCCCAAACUUAACUCUAGAUGGUUUUGAUGUGAUCCAAGAGAUAAAGGAAGAAUUAGAGAAUGUUUGCCCAAGAGUAGUUUCUUGUGCUGAUAUCCUAGCAUUGGCUGCUAGGGAUGCUGUUUCCAACCAAUUCAAGAAGGAUAUGUGGCAAGUGCUAACCGGAAGAAGAGAUAGUACGGUGUCGAAGUCGUCGGAGGCUGACGCCGAACUCCCUUUACCCACAUUCAACUUCCAGGCUCUUGAGCAAACCUUUGCUAGGAAAGGCCUCACCAUGCAUGACCUUGUGGUCUUAUCAGGUGCUCAUACUAUUGGACAAGCACAUUGCGACUCCUUCAGCAAUAGGCUCUUCAACUUUAGCAAGGAAGAAAAUAUGGAUCCUUCUCUGCUAUCCGAUUAUGCCUCUGACCUUAAAAAACAAUGCCGGAGCCUUUCUGACCACACAACCACUGUGUUCAUGGACCCUGAUAAUAGCGGUUUAAAUUUCGAUAGCCAUUACUACCUUGCUGUGAAUCAACACAAGGGUUUAUUUCAAUCUGAUGCUGCCCUUCUAACUAAUGAGGUCUCUAGCCAACUUGUCAACCAGUUGAUGAAAAGGAAUACAUUCUUUGAAAAUUUUGCUAUAUCAAUGAAGAAGAUGGGAGCCAUUGGAGUCCUUACAGGUGAAUCUGGGGAGAUUAGGAAGAAAUGCAAUGUUGUGAAUAAUUAAAAGAGUGCUUUCAAGUUGCUCUAUAAUAUUUGUAUAAUGGUUUAAUAUUAUUGUCUCUUAAGGGAUAUUGUAUUGUUUUAUACUUGAAAUAAAACCAUGAAUUUCCUUGAGAA